AUGAUCAAGCACAGACAAACGUUACAAGAUAAGGAGAAGCUACACUGUGAUAUUAAAAGAGUAAAAGAACAUUAUGCUGAAUAUGAACCAAUUUUAAGAUUAUUAAGACAAAAAUAUGAAACAGCAAUGAAAGAAAAAAUGUUACAUAGAAUUGAACGAGAUAGAGCUAUGAAUCAAGUUGAAGGACUUCGACAUGCUUUAACUUCAUUACAAAAAUUAGGUAUAACAUCUGAUGAUACAACAGAUAUUGAAAAUAUUGAUCUGGAUCAUAAAAUAACUGAGAAAAGAUUGAAAAAUACAAUAAACAGACAAAAUAAAAAUGAAAUGGAUCAAAAAUGUACAAAAAAUUAUGUAAGAUUAGAAAAGUUUAAUAUUCAAACUAAACUGGAUAAUAAUUUGAAAAGGAUUGGAUUUUGUGAUUUAUCUACAGAUUAUAAAGUGAAUCCAUUAUUGGCAAAACUAACAAAUCAUUCAUAUAAAUUUACAAGAUUAGAUAAUAGAAAAUUAGAUAUGAGUAUACGUGCUCAUAAUGCAGCUAUUAGCAAAUUAGCUAUUCAUUCAAAUAAAUCAUGGUUAUGUUCAGUUGGUGAUGAUAAAUUAUGGAAAUUGUGGAAAAUUCCUAAAUUAGAAUUAUUAAUGGAAUAUAAAUUAAUAACAAAUGAUUGGAUAUCAUCAAUUGAUUUUCAUCCAAAAGAGGAGAUCUUAGCAACAGGAAAUGCUCAAGGUUCUAUUCAUAUAUGGAAAAUUGACCUUAUCGAUGACAAGAUAUCAGAACAGAAUCAUUGUAAACGUAUUGGUAUAUUACGUCAACAUACAGGAGCUGUUUGGUCUGUGAAUUGGCAUUGGACUGGUACGUAUUUAGCUAGUUGUGGUAUGGACAAUACAAUACGUCUAUGGAAUGUUGAACAUGCUAUCAUGUCAUUUAAAAUGAAUAAAGAUUUAUUAAGUACACGUUCUUCAACAUCAUGUUGUACAAUACUUAGAGGGCAUAGUAAAUCAGUGAAUUCUAUUCAAUUUUUGCCUUAUGGAAAUAUUUUAGUUACUGGUUCAUCAGAUAAAACAGUAUGUUUAUGGGAUGGUCGUUCGGGUUUAUGUGAGCAUACAUUUCUUGGUCAUACCCAUUCAAUCAAUUGUGCUAUAUUUAAUCAACAAGGUACCAACGUGAUAUCAUGUGACAGUGGUGGUUUUAUUCGAUUAUGGGAUCUUCGUAAAAUCAAUAAUUUCUCAUUUGAAACCAAUUUACCUACUAUAAAAAUGAAAAUGCACAGUAAUAAUAAUAAUAAUAAUAAUAAUAAUAAUAAUAAUAAUAAUAAUAAUAAUAAUAAUAUGGAGGUGAAUUGUUUACCAACUUGUUAUGAUUUGAAUAAAACUCGUAAAUUUGAUCGUAUCAAUCAUCAUCAACAUCUACAUCGUCAACAUUUAAAUCAUCGUCCAAAUCUUACACAUAUACAACAUAAAUUAUCAGAACAACGAAAUAAACUAGGAAUUAAUCAAUUAGUGAUUGAUUUAAAUAAUGAAUAUAUUGUUGCUGGUUGUGAUGAUUCUAAAAUUUAUUGUAUAGAAAUAUCAACUAGUCAAAUAUCUACAUUACAAGGACAUGAUGAUUCAGUUCAAUCAAUUGUAUUAGAUUAUGAAUCAGGAUAUUUAUAUUCAGCAUCCAGUGAUCAAAGGGUAUGUUCAUGGAUCUGA